AUGUUCAAGCUAUCCUUUGCCGUGUUGGCCCUUUUGGGAGCCACGCUAGCCUACGAACAUCACGGAUUUGUCAGCGAAGUCAAGCACAUCCCGUACAAAUUCUACGGUGGCGGCGGUUUUGGCGGUGAACAGGGUGGAUUUGAGGGUGGCAUCGGAGGCGGCAUUGGCGGUGGAAUCGGCGGAGGUGAGGGUGGCUACGAGGGUAAGGACUUCUAUGCCUACCCGAAGUACAAGUUCGAGUACGGAGUUAAGGACUACCACACCGGUGAUCACAAGAGCCAGUGGGAAGUUCGGGACGGAGAUGUCGUGAAGGGCGAGUACACUCUGGAUGAGCCGGACGGUUCGACCCGCAUCGUGAAGUACCACGCCGAUAGCAAGAACGGAUUCGAGGCUGUCGUCAAGAACAUCGGCAAGGGAGGUCUGCAGCAGGAGGGUGGCUCGAUCGGUGGAGGACAGGGAGGAUUCGGUGGCGGAUACGGUCAUGGCUACAGCUACAGCAAGCUGAAGAAGUUCAACUAA